AUGAAAAACACCUUAAAAGGCUCAGCAAGGAAUAGGAAUGAAAAGCAAAAAGAUAAAGAUGCUGCGAAAGAAGAAAUCUGUGAUACUGUCUGUUCUGAUCUGAUGGCAGUAGAAUGUAUUCCAAAUAUUAGAGCCUCUUCUGCUUAUUACAAAUUAAAAUUAACAGCUCACAACUUCACUGUUUGCAACUUGGCUACACAUGACGCCAUGGCAUACUGGUUUGACGAAUCUGAUUGUUCAAUGUCUGCUUCCAUUUUUGCAUCUUGUCUUGUUGACUAUCUAAGCGAAUUGCUCAAUCAGUCAUUGAAAACUAUAAUUGUGUACUCUGAUGGCUGUGGCUAUCAGAAUCAGAAUUCGAUACUUUCAAACGCAUUGCUCCAUCUGAGUGUGGUCAGAAAAUAUCUGGAAAAGGGGCACACUCAGAUGGAAUGUGAUAGUGCUCACAGUACGAUUGAACGCAAUUAUAAAAAUAUAGAUGUUUAUCUUCCAAGCCAGUAUUCAAUUCACACCAUAGCUGCAAGGAAAUUUCCAACGCCUUAUCGUUCAAGAUUCCUGGACCACACAUUUUUCAAAGAUUUUUCUGAUGAAAAAAUGAUGGUGUACAAGUCAAUAAGACCGGGCCAUCGCCCAGGUGACCCCACAGUAAAUGAACUUCGUUGGAUUCAAUAUGAAACAACUGGUCUGAUAUACUAUAAAAUCAAUUUUGAAGACGAUCUUCAACUACUUCCCACAAGACCUACAAAUGUCACCCAUUACAAUUCUUUUCCAAAUCUAUACCAAUCAAGACCUAAAAUAACAAAAGAUAAAUGGACUGAUUUAUAA